AUGUAAACAAGCAACCAAGAACCGCUUGGUUUUUUGUCUAAUUUGUGAUUAAUAACCCCGUUUUCGUGGUUUUUCGUCAGGAAUUUCCAUUCCCAUUGAUUGGAAAUUAUUUCCAUCAAAUGGCGAAAGAGACGAAGCCUGACAAGUCAUUUUUUAAUUUAAAAAUUUUAUUUUGAAAUGUAAAACAUCUGGAGAAGAUGGAAAAUAAGCUUCUCUGCGCCGCAAUCGAGCAGCAAGACCUCAGUUGGGCCACUUUUCUGCUGGGAGAGCUGAACGCCGAGCCGAACAAAAUCGACCCUGAGAGCGGCAUCGCGGCCAUCCACCUGGCCGUCGGCAUGUCUUCAGCCUUAUCGGCGCAAUUCGUCCAAACCCUUCUCUCCUUCGGCGCCGAUCCGAACCUCAGGUCGGCAGACGGCUGCACGCCUUUGCACAUCGCGGCCGGCUGGUCCAAGACGGAAAUCAUGCAGAUUCUGCUCAAGAGUGGCGCCGAUCCGGAUCUAAAAGACUCGGAAGGCCUGACGCCCAUGGACUACGCCGUCGAGCAGGGAAACUUUGAGGUCCUUAACGUCCUUCGAUGGCAUUGCAAAGAGACGGAAAUGGAGGAACUUCAGGACCAAUUUACUUAUGAAAGAGUUGAAAUCGAAGAUGCCGAGACAGUCUACUCUUUGGCUUUAUCUUUGGAAGAUGUCAGGCUGGAGGAGCCAGUGUCCAAAAAAUGGUGUGACGUCGAAUCGAGGAGCGAUGCAAAGCCCGACGUUUGCUUAUCAGACGACGAGUUUAAAAGCUGCGUCAGCUCGUUGUCAGUCGUGUCCCAGGUUUUCCGAUACACAGACCGCACCACAGGCGUCUCACUCAUCGAGAAAAGACUCAACAGUGCGAUGGGUGCGGUUGCCGGAAAAGAACAGAGCCAGGCCUCGGAAGACGUUAGAGGGUCGCGGAACAGCCUGGUGUCGAUUUCUUCGGAGCUUGGCUACAGUUCCGACCACUUGUCGAGUGCCUUGCGGGAGAAAGGAGCGAAACCUGGUCCAAUCACCAAUUCCACAAAGGCCGUCUACGCCAGGCAACUGGCUCGGCUUAAGAAGGGACGGAAAGGGCAGCAAAUUGAACAGGAAAACACGACAAAAUUCAGCCGGGAGCUCGAAAAGACCCUGAAAGACCCUUCGUCCUUCGACCCCGCUCCGGCUUUGGCCCUGGAGCAGCGGUUGGCGACGGAAUUCACGUCCUCAGUGCAAAAAGGGAGGGAACUGCGGGGCGGGCACCUGAAAACCAGCUUCACCUACCUCUUGCUCGACCCCAGGGUGACCCUGAACCUUCCCCUCCGCGCCCACGACCUGGGUCCUAAGGAGACCUGGAGAACUUUCAUUCAGAGCGUGUUUUACGUCGGUAAGGGGAAGCGUUCCAGGCCCUACUGCCACCUGAAUGAGGCGAUCGCCGCCUGGAAAGGGGAGGAUCAGGGUCGACCUGAGCCCGGAGCAAAGAUCAAGCGCAUCCUGGACAUCUGGAAGGCUGGGUGUGGAGUCGUCUGCCUCCACGUCUUUCACAGCGUCAUCCCUGUCGAGGCGCACACCAGGGAGGCCGCCAUGAUUGAUGCGAUAGGGUUGUCGAACCUGUGCAACAUGAAAGGUGGCGAGUACUACGGCGUGGUGUCGACCAAGUCGGCGAAGGAGCAGUGCCACUUUGGAGUUCACCUGCUGCGCAACGCAAUGAACAUUUUCCUCUACGAAGGGGAGAGACAGUUGUUUCCCUCCGACAUCAGCUAGUCGAUGCCAAUUUUCCGUUUUCUACGCGAUCUCAGACUGAUUUUCCUUUUUUAUUUAUACAAACACGAAAGAUUUGUAAAUUGUAGCAAGUGUGUCUUUUUUGUGAUCUUGGUUUGAUUUUUAAAUCUUUUAGUCAAUAAAACGAAGGAUAUUUUUUAUUUUGUGA